AUGACGAGUGUUUGUAAUUGUUCUCUCUCACCCAACCACAAUAUAUACUUUUUCUGCCCCUCCAAUCAUAGGCUAAGGUCAGCCACUAGUCCGGCCUUCAACAGAACUAGAGUCAUUUCUUCCUAUUCGCACAACGCCUCGCCCAACCGAUUAAGCAGCGGCCCAAUUCGGCCUCCAAACUUUCCCCAUGCCUCUCAGUCGGCGCAUUCGGCUGCCGCCUCAAACUCCAUGUCUGCGAGAACUGCUCUCUCUUCACAAAUUCGCCCCUCCAUCGCUCCCCAAAACGGCCAUAAGGUCCAAAAAUGCCUGCCAACUAUUGUCACAACAAAGAGCCGUUUGGGUGGCUUGACCAAACGUGGCAGUCUUGAGGUGUUGCCCAUCCGCCGGAGAACAGAAAAGGCUCGGCGGUCGAGACAGCCGCAACAGCAACAGCCGAAUUGUCGGUUAGGAUCUGGGCAGCAGUACCAACAGCAUGGCCAGAAUACAAAUAAAAAGCAGCAAUCCCCAUCACCCGAGACGCCGGCGACCAUGCGAUCCAUGGAGAGAAGUCUGCAGAAGCAACACACGUGGCUGGUUUCGAAGCGACCAGCUUGGGUAAGAGGCUCGAGGGCCCCGGUUAAAACCAUCCUUAACUCUAAAGCCGUUGUGGCAUUAAUUUUAUCCACAUUUCUACCAUUCAAUAUUCUCAAAGUCCUCUAUGGAAAAUAUUGA